AGCUGGAGUCAAACUGUCGCUUCAAGCCUCUCAGAGCGCGCGCACAGUCCGUCCGUUGUCUGCUGCACGAUGUCUCCUCUCACUGCCCGCUUGCUGCUGCUUGUCUGCUUGGCUUUACCGCUCUAUGGCGUGGAAAAGGUGAGAAAUAGAGGAUACCGAAAGGAUCCUGACGCUGAUAAGUGCACUGGAAAUGAUGCAGAAAAGCCCAACUGCACUAGACACUCUGGAGAAGGAAGAUCUGCUUAUAUGAACGUGUAUGGCAGUUGCAUGCAGGGGCCAGCAGGCACCCCUGGCAGAGAGGGUAACCCUGGAACCAACGGCAUCCCAGGAACACCGGGCAUCCCUGGACGUGAUGGGCUCAAAGGCGAGAAGGGCGAGUGCAUGAGCGAGGUCUUCGAAGAGCCGUGGAGGCCCAACUACAAGCAGUGUGCCUGGAACUCUCUGAAUUAUGGGAUCGACCUGGGUAAAGUAGCAGACUGUACAUUCACCAAGAUGCGUUCAGACAGCGCCCUCAGAGUCCUCUUCAGUGGUUCUCUCAGACUCAAGUGUAAGAACGCAUGCUGUCAGAGGUGGUACUUCACCUUUAAUGGAGCAGAGUGCACAGGACCCCUGCCCAUCGAGUCCAUCAUCUAUUUAGACCAAGGAAGUCCUGAGCUCAACUCAACCAUCAACAUCCACAGAACAUCCUCAGUUGAAGGCCUGUGUGAGGGUGUCAAAGCGGGGUUGGUGGAUGUGGCUGUGUGGGUGGGGACUUGUGCUGACUACCCCAGAGGUGACGCUUCUACAGGGUGGAAUUCAGUAUCCAGGAUUAUUAUUGAGGAACUGCCAAAAUAAAAGUUUUAAAAAGUUACAUGUCAGGGAGGGCCCAGUCCUGGUAGUAUGACAGUGUGUUAUCUGGCCCUCUGAAAUAAUCAGGUAUGGUUUGCCGAGGCGUCACAGCGUCACUGUUGGUAACUUGAAUGUUUUUUUUGUUUUGUUUUGUUUUUUAAAUGCUAUACUAGUUGACAGGCCUAUAAACAAGAAUACUGUGUCAUUCUGUCUACCAGAAAUAAACUUUGUACUGUAGCUUUUCUGCUUACGGGUGCUGCUGGUAUACACAGUAAGCAUUAACAGACAUUGUGACAAGACAUUGACAAUAUUUAAACUGUACUCAUGUGACAUGUUUCUGGUCAUUAUUACUGUUAAUAAAAUACUUUUUUUUUUUUUAAGAAUUUGACUCAAAGUUAAUGACUUCUCAUUAUGAUUGGGAGCU